AUGAGUGCGCUCGGUGGCACGGCCAAGCUCGUGAAUGCGCUGGAAGGGUUUCGGCUCAUCGAGCAAGGCGUCGUCGCCAAACGGCAGCAGCACUACGAGGAAGUCGCCGAUCGCGUCCUUGGUGCGGCAGAAGACCUCGACGCGGUCCCGGCCAUCGAAGUCGAUGUUGCUGUGCGGCGACUGCUGCGCGCCAAAGCGAGCGUUGUCGUCGGCUGGGCCGAAGGGAUUGUGGUGGAUGCAACUGCGCCCCGAGGGCCGACCCGCGUACCCCCGCGGCGAUCGAAAGACAAUUCGAUACCAACGACAGUGUCGGCUGCACCGUCGGUUGGCAGGGACGAGACCGAGCAGACGAAUAUGCACUACACGCCCGUUCUGACGCGGUCGCCGUCCAAGUUUUCGCGCGACGGGUAUCAACUGCAGGUCCUUCGCCGCCACCGCAUGCUCAUCGUCAUCACCACGUACGACGAGAUCGAGAUCGAGGCGACGCUGCGCAAGGUCGGCAACAACGUCGCCGACGGCCGCGCCAAAGCCUCGGCGAGUACGCUCACCCAACUGCGCGAGACGGGUGUCUACGACGAGGACACGCUGCGCAUCAUGUCGGCGGGCUUGACCACAUCGUUGCACCUCUUUGAAAAGACGCUUCUGCUGCCCGAGGCGUCCGGCCGCCCCUUCAACUUUGCGCUAAAAGAGGAAAACGCGGGGAAACUUCACUCGCUCUUCUGGUUCUUCCACGGCUUUUGUACCCAAGUUGACCUGAGACCGAAACACGUCGCACGCACGUACCGCGCGAUUGGCGCCUACUACAUGGUGCUGGUCGUGCUGACGACAGCCACGUCCGUCUUGACGCUGGUCCACACGGGGGCGGCGGCACUGUCGCCGAAAGAGAUUGCCCUUGGUAUCGCUGUCUUUGGUGUCUACGUUAUCGCAGCCGCGUGCCAUUGCAAGCUCCAUCACAUUAUGCUCUCAUUCGUCCAGGACUCGCUCCUCUUGCCCGUCAUGAUUGUACUAUGGUCGACGUGGCGAUAUGAUGCUACGUUUGCGCGAUCGAACACGCUCAGCAUCUACUCGUUUUGCAACCUGCUAGACUUGAGCUGGGGCACCAAAGGCAUCGAUAGCAGCCACGACGUCAGCUCGGACGCCAACAAGAACGGCGAGAACAAGGACGUUGUGGCGCGUCAAAGGCGGCCAAAGACCGCGCGAAACAAGCAGCCGCGACUGCAGAUCUGGUGCGUCGGCUUUGACUCGUUUCGGUCAAAUUUGCUCUCACUGUGGCUCGUCUCGAACGCAGCGCUCGUCGGCGGCUUGCCCUGA